CACCAUACACACACACCAUACACUCACAGAGUCUCUCCGUGUCUGUCUGCAGGUAAGCGGCAGUGUGUAGUGUGGCAGAGACAGGACAGUAUGGAGAAGGAAGAUCUGAAGAUCGUCAACAAAGGCCUGGAGGAUGAGAUGGAGAUCAGUGGGUAUCGGCUGUGUCGGUGGAAGCUGGCUCUGGUGGGCCUGGGUGUUCUGUGCACUGGGGGUUUUCUCCUCCUGCUGCUCUACUGGAUGCCUGAGUGGUGCAUCAAAUCCACCUGUACCCGCACCACCCUCAGAGAGGCCGAGAUGGUGCUGCUGAGAUCCACUGAUGAGUUUAAGCGCUGGUUCAUGGCUAAGAUACGGGUGAUGCUGGCCCCAGGGAAGAGCCCCUUUGACAGCCUGGACUCCCUGACCACUCCCCCAGUCACCAACGGCCACAGCGCCUCCGAGGACUUCAUCAGGAAAUACGCAGAGCACCAGCCUGUACAGAUCCGCUAUUUCACACUCCACAGCACAAAGUACUACUGGAAUGAUACGGUGCAGAAUUUUGAGGUGUUGAUAGGUUUGGAGGAUCUGGGCGUGACAUGUUCCACGGUCCACUCCGAUCACAGCCAUGGACUCAGCAGACACCAGCAGGAGUUCAGGCGGCUGUUUUUCGGAGUGAAUGAAAUUGCAGUGAAAGUGCCUUCGGUUUUUAAGCUGCUAAUUAAGGAGGUGCUCAAUCCCUUCUACAUUUUCCAGCUGUUUAGUGUGAUCCUGUGGAGCGCUGAUGAGUACUACUAUUACGCCGCUGCCAUUGUGUUCAUGUCUGUUAUAUCGAUAGCUACCUCUCUCUACACUAUUAAAAAGCAAUACGUCAUGCUCCAUGACAUGGUGGCCACUCACAGUAUUGUGCGUGUGUCGGUGUGCAGAGCCAAUAACGAGAUUGAUGAGGCCAUGUCGACAGACCUCGUGCCUGGUGAUGUCAUGAUCAUUCCCAGUAAUGGGACUAUCAUGCCCUGUGAUGCUGUGCUGAUUAGUGGAACCUGCAUUGUUAACGAGAGCAUGCUCACAGGUGAAAGUGUACCGGUCACGAAGACUAACCUCCCGAACCCGCUGCAGGGUGACAAGGGGUCAGAGGGCAGUGGGGUCUACAAUACGGAGGAGCACAAGAGACACACACUCUUCUGUGGUACCAACGUCAUCCAAACACGCUUCUACUCAGGAGAGCUGGUCAAAGCAGUGGUCGUCCGCACCGGUUUCAGUACGGCGAAAGGACAGCUGGUUCGGUCCAUCCUGUACCCGAAGCCGACCGAUUUUAAGCUGUAUCGGGAUGCCUACCUGUUCCUGCUGUGUCUGGUGGCUGUAGCCGGCAUCGGCUUUGUCUACACCAUCGUCCUCAGUAUUAUGAAUCAGGUGCCAGCUGGAACCAUCAUCAUUGAGUCUCUGGACAUCAUCACCAUCACUGUGCCACCUGCUUUGCCCGCUGCUAUGACGGCUGGCAUUGUUUAUGCCCAGCGCAGACUCAAGAAGAUUGGCAUCUUCUGCAUCAGCCCUCAGAGAAUUAACAUCUGUGGGCAGCUCAACCUGGUCUGCUUUGACAAGACCGGGACGCUGACGGAGGAUGGCCUCGACCUGUGGGGUAUACAAAGGGUGGAGAACGGCAGUUUCCAUGUGUCAGAGGAGAAUGCGUAUAAGGAGAGUCUGGUCAAGUCUCAGUUUGUGGCCUGCAUGGCGACGUGUCACUCCCUCACUAAAAUAGAGGGCCUACUGUCAGGAGAUCCACUCGACCUCAAGAUGUUUGAGGCCACAGGCUGGAUCCUGGAGGAGGCCACAGAGGAGGAGACAUCUCUCCAUAAUCGCAUUAUGCCCACUGUGGUCCGUCCACCUAAGCAGCUCCUCCCAGAACCUGUGAUGUCACCAGAACAAGACAUGGAGCUGUAUGAGCUGCCGCCUUCUUACGAGAUCGGUAUCGUCCGUCAGUUCCCAUUUUCCUCCGGUCUGCAGAGAAUGAGUGUAGUCGCCCGUCUGCUGGGCGAAAAACGGAUGGACGCCUACCUCAAAGGAGCUCCAGAAGUCGUGGCCAGCCUGUGCAAGAAAGAGACAGUGCCAGAGAACUUCGCCGAGAUCCUGGAGGACUACACGAAGCAGGGUUUUCGGGUCAUCGCAUUAGCGCACAGACGACUUGAGUCCAAACUGACCUGGCACAAAGUACAGAACAUUAACAGAGAUCACAUAGAGACCAACAUGGAGUUCCUGGGUCUGAUCAUCAUGCAGAACAAACUGAAAGCGGAGACUCCUGGGGUCCUGGAGGACCUCCGUAGGGCUAACAUCCGCACCGUCAUGGUCACAGGUGAUAAUAUGUUAACGGCUAUUUCGGUGGCACGGGACUGCGGGAUGAUCUUACCGCAGGACCGAGUCAUCAUCGCCGACGCUCUUCCGCCCAAGGACGGUCAAGCGGCCAGGAUCAACUGGCGCUAUGCCGACAACCCGACCAAGCACGCUAGCAAGACCACGAGACUGGACGAAGUGGAGAUUAGUUUAGAGGACGUCCACGCUAGCGACGAGCUGAAGCCAGAGGAGCGUUAUCACUUCGCCAUGAGUGGGAAAUCGUUUGCCGUCAUCACUGAACACUUUCAAGACCUGCUACAGAAGCUGGUGUUACACGGUACAGUGUUUGCUAGGAUGGCUCCCGACCAGAAAACCCAGCUAGUGGAGACGUUGCAGAGUGUGGAUUACUUUGUUGGGAUGUGUGGGGAUGGUGCCAACGACUGUGGAGCUUUAAAGAGAGCCCAUGGUGGAAUCUCCCUGUCUGAGUUAGAGGCCUCAGUGGCUUCACCCUUCACCUCCCGAACUCCCAACAUCUCCUGUGUCCCCAGUCUCAUAAGGGAAGGGCGGGCAGCUCUCAUCACGUCUUUCUGCGUCUUUAAGUUCAUGGCCCUGUACAGUAUCAUCCAGUACAUCAGCGUCACUCUCCUCUACUCUAUCCUCAGUAACCUUGGAGACUUCCAGUUCCUGUUCAUCGACAUAGCCAUCAUCCUUCUCAUCGUCUUCACCAUGAGUUUAAACCCUGCGUGGAAGGAGCUAGUGUCUCGUCGUCCCCCGUCAGGGCUCAUCUCUGGGCCCCUGCUCUGCUCCGUACUCUCUCAGAUCCUCAUCUGCCUCGGGUUCCAGAUCCUGGCUUUUCUCUGGGUCCGUCAGCAGGACUGGUACGAGACCUGGAGCCCCGAGUCUGACGCAUGCAAUAUAUCCUCACAUGAUAACAUCUCGUUGGACGAAAACUCGACCGAGAUCGACGACCACAACAUUCAGAACUAUGAGAACACGACGCUGUUCUACGUCUCCUCUUUUCAGUACCUCAUCGUAGCUGUCGUUUUCUCCAAAGGCAAACCUUUCCGUCAGCCCAGUUACAAGAAUGUACCCUUUGUGCUGUCUGCUAUCAGUCUCUGCGUGUUCCUUGUCUGCAUAAUGCUCUUCCCCGUCUCCGCUAUCGAUGAGUUCCUAGAGAUCGUAUGUGUUCCUUUUCGGUGGCGUCUAACCCUGCUCUCCAUUGCCUUGCUCAACACUGUGACGUCAGUGCUGGUGGAGACCCUCGUCCUUGACAUCGUCUUAUGGAAGCUUGUGUUCAGCCGAGACAAGCAGGGCAGCUCUGGCCUCCCCCCUGCCACCCCUCCACCACAGGCUGGCGUAGAGCACUGGGGGUCUCGCUGCCUGUCCUGGUUCUGCUGCCGGCAGAAGAAAGCUCCCAAAGCGCGUUACAUGCACCUAGCUCAGGAGCUCCUCGUGGAUCCUGACUGGCCUCCCAAACCCAAAACCACCACUGAGGCCAAGCCUCCUCCCCCACCAGAAAAUGGCUCGUACCAAAUCAUGCCAGCCUCCUAG